GUGUUGGUAUAAAAGCAUGCAGGGUUUGUUUUCAACCAUAGCACCCACCUCCCAAGACUGACAGUAUGAGCAACAGCACCUCUGAGAUCACACAGCAAGCUCAGGAAGCACUUGACAUUAAACUAAAGAGAAUAGGCUUUUAUUUGUAUGACUUUUGUCUUACAUUGGACAGCCAUAUCAAGUUCCUAUUUGGCCGCAAGCUGUCUAUCCCAUCACUGCUACUUGUGCUUCUACACUUGUCCAGUGCCCUCUGUAUCAUUUCUGACAUUGCCUCACAAUUCACCUCAAGUUGCAAGGUAUUCCUGAACCAAAUAUUCUUUGGUGCUUCUACAACUCUGAGUACAGUCACAACAGCAAUCUCAGCUCUACGUGUUUAUGCUGUCAAUGGGAGGCAUUGGCUACUUCCCUCAAUCAUUGUUGCACUCUGUACACCAGGAAUUGCAUAUAGUAUUGUGGGUGCUACAUGUGCCUAUAGAUAUGAUUUGCUUACAUUGUCAGCAUAUGCAGUAUUCAAUAACAAAUUCAACAUUGCUGUUACAGUCACUUCUCUGGUAGCAGAGGUCCUUGUACUGGUGGCAACAUGGUAUCAUACAUUCACACUCAAGAGGCUGGCCCACUCCAUUGGUCAGGAGGCCACACUGGCAACUUUGUUAACACGAGAUGGUUUUGCAUUAUUGCUUGUAAAUAUAUUUGGGAUUGUGGGUGACUAUGUAGUGGUAUGUGUCUGUUUCACAGCAGUGAUACUCUCACAUUUCUUCUACAAUCUCAAGAAUACAGCAAACCCAUCCCAGGGAGUAACCUCAGCAUCCAUGACAGAGCUGCAUUUCACAAGGCCAAAUGAUCUUGGUGGCUCAGUCAUGCUCAAUGAAGAUGAAGAUAGUGUUGUGGAUGAAGACAUAUAUUCAGAUGAAAAUUUGGGAGGUGAAGGAACCCCAGAUGUGGUAGAUGGACAGGAAGGCAUUAUCCACAAUGUUGAUGAGAUCUAAGCAUAACAUAUUUGUUACAAGGCGCCAUGUUACGUACAUUUCAUUUCCUUUUACUUUGUAUCUCUAACCACCUUGCGUGCACAAGGACCGGUUAUGUACUUUACCGCACCUGGACUAUCAUAUCAUUCAUAUGAUAACUGACUCGUUUCUUUGUCAUGAUUACCAUUUCCUUUGUCAGCAAUGACAUAUCCUGACUCAUGUCUACUGUACGCUAUGACUCAGACUCUUUCAC